AGGCCGUCACUCUCGCCAGACCAAAAACAAUCCUAUAAAGAGUAGGCACGGGAGAUACCUCCGCAGUUACACACUAUCAUGCCCUCCGACGGACUCUACGCUCGCCACCACAUUGUUCAAGAUCCCGGCGUCCUCACCAACGCCCGUAUUCGCCCCCUAGAAGAAGAUAUUCUCUUCUUAAACACCGGGUCGGGGUCAGAAUCCCUCAGGGGGGAGAUCUCCAUGCCGGCUCGAGUGAAAAGACGCUCCAAAACAGUAUGUUGUGGAACGGACUGUAUGACGAUGGUAUACCGGAGCUUUAAAAAGUGCUUACUUGUCGUGCUCUUAGCCGCAUCCCGCCAUGACUACCUGACUAUAGUUUGACCACCCCACUGGCGCAUCCAAGAAUCGAGCCUGGUAAGUCUGAAAUCCGCAAGGCCAACAGAGACACGGCAGUGCGCCGUAGCGAUUGAUGAUAAGGUUAUUAAACAAAUGCCACUAAGCCGAAAGCUGAGAUCAGGAUCGAGAUGUAUAUAGAAGUAAUAUAUACGAAAUUAAGAGAUUAAGGAUAGCGUUAAAACCGCCCCGCCGUGUUCUCGACGCUCAAGCUUAACAAUGGCUAGCUAUAUCGUGAAUAAAAAGCUCAAUUUCGAAUCGUCUCCUCAGCUGUUUAAAGAGGUUUGUAAAAAGCCCCGCAGCCAAUGAUUAGACCUUCAGUGUCUUCAGACCAUACUAAAGGCCGAAUGCGAUAUAAACACUAUAAAAUAGGAAUACCCCAACGAGGCGGGUUCUUGAAAUGAACCGGUGUCCAUAAACAGACCCCAGCAAGCAAACUAGGAUCUAAAAAUCGAGGGUGGGAAUAGGCGUGCCUCGUUAUGGCAAACGAGCGUUUGGUUGAAUUAGUUGGGUUCCCC